AUGUGGACGGACGGCUACCCAGAUCGUAUGGGUCCUCCGACUACUCGUGCUCGUACGUACAAUCCUAGGGCAGAGUCUCCGACAUCGUCAAAAGCUUCUGGCAACUUUGCCAGUGCGGUUACGGCCUCGUUAUCCGAUGUGAGCGACGACGUAUUCGUGCUUGGACGUGACGCCAAGAUGCUACGCGACGCCACCGCCCAGGCGAUUAGUGAGGCUUAG